CCGGCCGGCGAUUACGAUUGACGAAACCGGCACGUCACGAGCCCCCACUUUCGUCAGGUUUCUCGCAUCGGUUUCCCGUCGUCUCGUUCUCACUUAAUCGCGGCUAGUCGGCACCGCAUGGUUGUUUGUUCCAUCUCGACCUUAUUACAAAUUAUUUUCAAAUUUAUUAUGGCGGAGAACAAGGAACGCACCUUCAUCAUGGUCAAGCCAGACGGCGUGCAGCGUGGUCUGGUUGGCAAAAUUAUCCAGCGUUUUGAGGAGAAGGGCUUCAAACUGAUGGCUAUGAGGAUGGUGUGGCCUACUGAAGAACUUUUGAAGAAACACUAUGCUGAUCUAGCAUCGAGGCCCUUCUUUCCAGGUUUGAUCACGUACAUGAGUUCAGGACCAGUUGUGCCGAUGGUUUGGGAAGGCUUGAAUGUUGUAAAGACUGGUCGCGUGAUGCUGGGCGAGACGAAUCCUAAGGAUUCCGCACCUGGUACUAUUCGCGGCGAUUUUUGCAUACAAGUUGGUCGGAAUAUCAUCCAUGGUUCCGACUCUGUCGAAUCAGCAAAGAAGGAAAUCGAUCUAUGGUUCGGCGAGAAGGAAGUGAUUGACUGGACGCAUGCGUCCGAGAAGUGGAUCUACGAGUAAAGAUUGGAUUCUGAUGGAGAAAGAUUUUUCUAAAAGACAUCACCUCUCUAUAAACCUUUAGAGAAUCUUCCCAAACUUAUACUGCCAGCCAAUUAUAUACAAAUAAUUCGAAUUAUUGGAAGGCUGAGAUUUAAAUAAAAAUAACUUAUUUGUAAAGAAUGAAUAAAAGAUUGUGAAACUCUUUAUCGAAAAUUUUGACAUGUUGUGAAAUUAUAGGAUUAUAUAUAAAUAUAAAUGAUACAAUUUACGUAGAUUUAAUAAAAUUGUUUCUUUUUCCAAAAAUUUUCAUUAAAUUACAAGAAUCUAUUUUUAUAUUUCUAUAAUACAUUAUUUUUUAGUGUGUCAAUGUAUUUGACACAUUAAAAAAUAAUGUAUUAUAAAAAUAUAAAAAUAAAUUUGACAGUUUUCAGGAAAUGUUUUGGCAACAUUUUUUUUUAGUUUUUAAUUUUUUAUAAUUCAACAGUUUAUUUCUUUUUUGUUUUAAACUGCUGAAAUAAUUCAUAUCCCCAUUUUUGAUGUAGAAGCUCAUAACAAAAUAUGAAAGAAUGUAAAAUCAAUUUUUAGUAAGAUAUAAGUUUACUUAAUUACAAGCGGAGAAAAUCUGUUGCCAAAAAAUAUAUCAUAAAUAAUUGAAAGUUGUAUUGUAAAAAAAGAAAUAAUGUGCUGACAAAUUUUAAGAAGUUAAGAAAUGUAGAACAUUGACGAAAAUAAUAAGAACAAAAGAAAUAAUGUAAAAAGACUCGAUUAAGAAAUUAAGAUAUCGUACUGUGAAAAAAAAAUUAGCUGCCGAAUUAUCAAAAAUUAAAAGCUAAAAAAAGUUUGCUGCCGCAUUAAAAGCUAUCGUAAAAAAAUUAGCUGCUGAAUUAUAAAAGAUUAAAAGCUGUCGUGAAAAAUAUAAAGAAAAUAAGCUGCAAUAUUAUAACAAAUUAAAAAUUGUCAAAAAAUAAAAAAAAAUUAACUGCCGAAUUAUAAAAAAUUAAAAGCUUUCUUUAAAAAAAUAAAAAAUUAGCUGCCUAAUUAUAAGAAAUCAAAAGUGAUCGUAAAAAAAAAUAAAUUAGCUGCCGAAUUAUAAAAAAUUAAAAGCUUCCGUGAAAAAAUGCGAAAAAAUUAAGUUAUCGAAUUAUAAAAAAUUUAAAGUUGUGAAAAAUGUAAAGAAAAUAAGCUGCCGUAUUAUUACAAAUUAAAAAUUGUUAUUAAAAAAUAAAAAAAUUAGUUGCCGUGUUAUAAAAAUUAGAAGCUGCCAUGAAAAAUGAGCAAAAAUGAAGCUACCGAAUUAUAUAAAAAUUAAAAGUUAACAUAAAAAAAAUAAAUUUUCUGCCGAAUCAUAAGAAAUCAAAAGUGAUCGUAAAAAAUUACAAAAAAAGAAUAUUGCAAAAAAAAUAUAAUUGUAAAUAAAAAAAUAAUUGUAAAAAAUUUAAAAGCUAUCGUGAAAAACAAAAAAUAAAAUAAACUGCUGAAUUAUAAAAAAUUUAAAAAAAAA